AAGGUGUAUGAUUUAGGCCGAAUGUGGAAGAGAAAUAGAGCAAGUACCGAUCCCAACAAUCGUAAGAUGCGGGUAACGGAAGGUGUGACCCACGUGACCGAGCUUUGGCCGUGACCCCGGAAGUUGACGAUCAGGUGCCCGAAGUGGUGACGAUGGCUACAGGUGUAGACCAAUUGGUUGGAAUGGGACUAGUGGGGUUCAGCUUGGUACUUUUCACAUAUUACACCAUUUGGGUAAUUGUGUUGCCAUUUGUGGACAGUAGACAUAUUCUUCACAGCUAUUUCUUACCACGGGAAUAUGCCGUGAUCUUGCCCGCUGUUGCUGGCCUGCUCCUGGUUUUAUUAGUGGGAACAUUUAUUGCUGUAGUAAUGUGGAAAAACAGAAAACCUACAAAGAAAACAGAUUAAACAGAACUCAAAUAAGAACUGCAAGAUUACUUCAUUGUCAGCUUGUCCAGGUCAGAAAAUGGAAUAAACAGAGGAUUAAAAUACAGACAGCAGAUUAACAGAAUAAAGUUCUGCUUCAUUGAUAGUUGUGAGAUGCUGUCACAUACUGUUAUUUUCACCAUUUGUUGUAUUAUCUUAAUACCUAAUGCUAGUCUGCAGUGGUAUUCCUCCAGUGCCAGUUCUGGCCAUUUGUGUUCCCUGGUGAUAGCUGUUAAAUGCUACUAUGAAGCCUUUGCAAGGUACAGUAUAUAUAAAAUAAAAUCCCAUUUAUAAAUAAUUUAGGAAAUCUGUUCUUCUUAAACCUGACAUUUGUUUCCUAGAAUUUCAUUCUAGACAGUGGUGAGAUUUUCAGAAAAUUAUUUCUCAAAAUGUGGGUGUUGCUGGCAAGGUCAGCAUUUAUUACCUAUCCCUAGUUGCCCUUGGAAAGGUAUUAGACCACUGCCUUCGACCACAACAAUUUAUGCGGUUGGAGUUCUCCUCUGGUGCAGUUAAGUGGAGAAUUCCAGGACCUUGACAGUGUGACGUAGAAGGGGUGGUAGAAAAUGUUCAAGUCGCGGUUGUGUAUUACCUGUGAAGUCACCUAGUGUUGAUGGUGUUCCACUGAGUGCACAGCCCUUGAACUUUUAGGUGAUGGAAACACCAGGUUUCAACAUGCUGCUGAAGAACCCUUGACAAUUUGAAGCAGUGGAUCCUGAGGAUAAUACAUACCUCAUUCAGAGUGGACUGUAUUGCAUGGAGCAGAUGGGCUGCUGGUCAAACAUCCUGUUUUAUCCUGAAUGGUGUUUCUCUCCCUGCUGUGUGUAAAUUAAAAUCAGAACCUGACUCUGCAGUUGCAGGUCUUCCAUAAUAACAGAGCAAAAUGACAAUUGCAUUGCAAAGUAAUCGGGGGAGUAUAACCAGUAGCUUGGUAUAAUCUUGCAGUUUUAAGAAUAGCUUGAAUUGUGGAAGGGUUAUGCUGAGAAUGUUUUUUUUGUUAAUCAUAAGCACAUAUCUUAGAAACAGAUACAUAAGAAUUGUGUUGCUACAUUUAAAUCAGUUUGCAUAUAGUCUUUUACAGUACAAUGUAGAAAUCUAUUUGCAGCUCAUUUUGUAUUUUAUGAUACACAAAGAAGAACAAUAAAAUCAUUUCAAAAUGAA